AAAUAAUUGCAUCAAAUCCUCCACUUCUUUACAUAAACAGGAAAACCAGCGUACUUUUUUAUUGCUCUUUGCUGUUGGCUGCAGCCUUUUAACUUUGAUUUGAUUGCCUUUUUCUUUUCUUUUGAAGUCUUCAAAUUUUCGUCUCUAAGCUAACACAAAUAUAUAUGAACUCCAUGGUUUCCUCAGACAGAAAACUGGCUACUGCUGUCGGCGGAAAAUCCGCCAGAGCUUGUGAUAACUGUGUGAAAAAACGGGCCCGAUGGUAUUGUACUGCUGAUGAUGCAUUCUUGUGCCAAUCGUGUGAUUCAUCGGUUCACUCGGCGAACCCUUUGGCCCGUCGGCACGAAAGGGUUCGAUUGAAAACGGCAUCAACCAAGUCUUCUGACGAUGAAUCCCGAUCAGGGCUUCAAGUUUCCGUACCCUCGUGGCAUCAGGGUUUCACCCGAAAAGCCCGAACCCCGAGGCAGAAAAAACAUAACAGGCUUAGUUCUGAUGAGCUCGUCAGCGGAAUCAGUAAUCCUCUCCACCUCGUUCCUGAGGUUUGCAGCGAAGACAAUUCCCACGAGGAAAACGAGGAGCAGCUUCUUUAUCGGGUCCCGAUAUUCGAUCCAUCUGUUGCAGAAUUACGCAAUUCCGCGAAUUCAAGCGAAGCUGCCAACAGUAUUCAGAAUGGUGGAGAAACUACGCAUGUUUCCGGGCCUGAACUAAAACCUGCACUCAAUGAUUUUAGCCAAGAAAUGAGUCAUUUACAAGGAUUUCUUCCAUCUGAAAUGGAUCUUGCUGAAUUUGCAGCAGAUGUUGAGAGCUUACUGGGCAAAGGGCUGGAAAACGAAUCCUUUGAUAUGGAAGGACUCGGACUUUUGGAUUGUGAUGGAAAAGUGAAAGAAUCAAGGGAGUGUUCUUUGGGAAGUGGAAGAGUAAAAGUUGAAGAUGAGGAGAUUGGAGAAGUGGCCAAUCAUCGAAUUGAUGCGGAAUUUAUUGAUAUGGGAAGCGAAACUUUUGAGCUGAAUUUCGAUUAUGAUUCUCCAAUUACGGGUGAAGAAGAAUAUAUAAAAGCAGAAAAUGUGGAGCCGAUUACGCCCAACAAUUUUGAUCAAGAUUCCAACAAAGUGCAUGAUUCCAAGAGGAUUUUUCUGAGGCUUGACUAUGAAGGUGUCUUGUCAGCUUGGGAUGACCAGAAGUCCCCCUGGACAACCGGAGAACGCCCCGAUUUGGAUUCGGCUGGAUGCUGGCCUGAUUGCAUGGGCACAUGCGGAACAGUGCAUGUAUAUGGAGAGAUGGGAAUGAUGAUUGGACAUGCGGUGGCAGUGGGCGAUGGAGGGAGAGAAGCAAGAGUGUCGAGGUACAGGGAGAAGCGGCGGACGAGGUUGUUUUCCAAGAAAAUCAGGUACGAAGUUCGGAAAUUGAAUGCUGAGAAAAGGCCCCGGAUGAAAGGGAGGUUUGUUAAGAGAGCAAAUCUAGUUGCACCUGCUUUCAGUUUGCUCAAUAAAUAGGAACCUAACUGUCAACUGCCUGCCAAUGAUCUUAACUACACUGUUCACUGGCUUAUGCUUCUCCUUUCUCAAGGAGUCUGUAUAAAUUAAUGCAAUAAACUAUAUGACGAUUUUGUAUGUUCA